AUGGAUUUGGACAGGGUCCCAAAGUAUGUAGACGAGACCGGAGACGGGCUGGAUUGGGCAGGUCGUGGAACAUCCCACGUCGACUUUCACACUGACGAGACCCUCCCCCUAUCACAAGGGCGAUUCCUCGGCCAUGGGAUGAACGGAGGCGUGUUCGAGACGGUAGUAUGUGGACAGACAGUGGCCUGGAAGCGACGAUACUGUCGGCGGCAGAUCGGGGUGCAAGACCUGCGGGAAAUGGACAUCCUGAGGAAACUCGAUGGUCGGCACAUCAUCAAGCUUGUCGGGACAUACACCCAUGGCCCAUUCCUGGGGCUGUUGUUGUGGCCCGUUGCCGUGUGUGAUCUGGGGACGUUUCUCGAAGACGUCGACAAACUCUUACAGAGCCCUGGGACUGGGGACGUAGGAAUUGACUAUACAGCCACGAUAACCCAGUGUUUACGCAGCCUAGGUAUUGAUACUCCUUCCUCUGCGUCCACCCGGCUGAAGCAAAGCAUCGGGUGCACGUCCAGCGCAAUCGCAUACCUGCACCAACGGUCCAUCCGCCACAAAGACAUCAAGCCAGCGAACAUCCUCCUCUCGCCUGCUGGACUCUGGGUGACCGACUUCGGCUCUUCCACCGACUUCACAGGCAUUUCACACAGUAUCACGCAGAACGGCGAACGCGGGACCCCGAAAUACUUCGCCCCCGAGGUCGCCGAGUACGAGCCCAACGGGCGCUCGGCGGAUAUAUUCUCGCUGGGCUGUGUGUUCCUCGAGAUGAUUGGGUUAUGCAACGGAUACUCGCUGGAGUAUCUGAAGAGCCUGCGACCGAAUAAGGACCAGUCGUUCCACGCGAACCUCGACUCCAUCUUGCAUUGGUUCAACUUCAGGGAGACCAAUGUCAAGUCCCCGGCUGAUCAGCAACUGAUGGCACUGGUACGGGAAAUGCUUGCUCGAGCUGCACAGACGCGCCCAACGGCAGAGCAUAUUGAGACACGCUUGCGGUUGAUCAAUACCUUGCGUAGGCCGACACCGCCGGAGCCGCUGUGGGGGGACUGCUGCGCGCCUGUGCCGCGGUCAUCGGGGCAGAUCCAGCCCCACCGGAUAUCCCCUGUGACUAUCGAAAUCGGGAAUAUGCAUCAAUCGAACAACGUGCGCCAUGAAUGGCAUUUCUUCGUCUCUGCACCAGCAGUGGAGGAUAUCAUCGCGGACGUACAUUUUUUCCUACAUCCAAGUUUCGAACACCCCUAUUCCGUGCAACAUCUGCCGCCGUUCGAGAUGAGUGGAGGAGGAUGGGGCUACUUCACCAUCAGCAUAGUAGUCGCCCUGAAGCGAGGGUAUUCAUGGGUAUCUCCCGAUGCGACCCUCGGGCCAGGAGACCAGUCUCUUUUGACGCUUUAUUGGACACUGAACUUUGAGCGAGAACUCAGUUAUAGUCAUGUUGAGGUGGGUGUUGCAGUAUCGUAG